UUCUUGCCGGCAACUACCAUUGUCGACUCAUCAACCAUGUACUCCACUGCUUCGCCGCUUGGCUCCGGCGUUUUCUCCCCCGUCACCGUUAAGAACCCUCGAACUAGCGGCGGCGGCGCCAUUACGUCGAGAAUCCGCCACCGCUCCCCCAGAAUGUCCGGCGAGCGCCAAAGCCCCACUACUAGCCUCGUCACCGGCAUCACUAAGCUUCUAUGGGGCAACGCCCUGCCACCUCAGCUCCUCAUCUCCACCGUCCGUUCAACCUGGUCCACCGCCUGGAAUAUCAUGAUGUCACAGCUGGCGCCGUCGGAUCCAACCGGCAGCUACACCCGACCCGCUUCCCAAUUCCGCAUCCCCAAUCCGAAUUCCUCCGGCUUACAACUCUCCCCCGGGAACAUCCACCUGUACGUGGGCCUACCUUGCCCCUGGGCCCACAGAACUCUAAUUGUCCGAGCUCUUAAGGGCCUGGAAGAGGCUAUUCCUGUCUCAAUCGCCUCUCCCGGCGCUGAUGGUUCUUGGGAAUUCCGGUAUAGCCCUGUCCCGGACACGGAUAAGCUUGUCCCGACUCUGGACAAGUCCAGCGGUCGGAAAAGCCUCAGGGAGGUUUAUCAGUCUAGCCGCGGCGGCUAUAGCGGCCGGUCCACUGUCCCUAUGCUAUGGGAUUCCGACAAAAAACAGGUUAUCUGUAACGAGAGCUACGACAUCAUUGAGUUCUUCAAUUCCGGGUUAAACAGAAUGUCAAAUAAUCCAGAAUUAGACCUUUCCCCACCCUCACUCACACAUGAGAUCGCCAAAUGGAACCAGAUCAUAUACCCCAAAGUAAACAACGGCGUUUAUAGGUGUGGGUUUGCCCAGAGUCAAGAAGCUUAUGAUAGGGCAGUAAACGAGGUGUUUAGUACAUUGGACAUGGUUGAUGAUCAUUUGGGGAGCUCAAGGUAUCUGUGUGGUGAUGUGUUGACGCUUGCAGAUGUGUGCUUGUUCACUACUUUGAUCAGGUUCGAUCUGGUCUACCAUGUACUGUUCAAGUGUUCAAAGAAGAAGAUCAUAGAAUACCCAAACCUCCAUGGAUACAUGAGAGACAUCUAUCAGAUUCCUAAGGUUGCAGAUACUUGCAAUAUGGGAGCCAUCAUGGAUGGAUACUACAAGACUCUUUUCCCACUAAAUCCUGGGGGCAUUCGACCUGUAAUGCCCUCAGAUUUCCAGGAUGAUACACUGUUGAAGCCACCUAAUAGGAACUCCUUGAUGAAGAUGGGAGAAAAGUUGCAGCUUUCUGUUUCUUGAAAGCAGAUAAAAUGGAUGUAUAGUGAUGGGAUAUGCGUGGGAUAAUUGCAGAGCAUCAAUGCAUGAUGUAUUACUGGUAGAUAAACAAACUAGGUUAUAUAUAUCAUAAAAUUAUAAAGAUUUGCUGCCACUGGUACAAAGAUGUACAAGUCUGCAAUGCAGCUAGAAAAAGUAAUCAAAAAGUUGGGAAAGUUGAAUAAAGAGAGUUGGUUUAGCAGCAGCAGAUUCACACUGAUUACAAGUGCAGACCACAAGUUGUCCACCAAAAGUUAGGCUUAUCACAUUAUGGGUUGCAUCAUAUCUCUUUGAGCUUGAUUUACCUUCUUCCUCUGGACCCUAAAACAUAACAGGCAUGCAGGUUAUGACAUGGAAGAAUGAGGAAUAAACAUUAUAUCGUUCCCUUGGUACUUACUACUCAAUCGCUUGAUAUUUCGGCAGAACUGGCUUCCACACUGGCAUUGGAAUGCUUUUAUUGGAUAAUCAAGGUCAUCAAAAUCAAUUCCAUAGUCCUGCAAACAUACACAAACUAUCUGAUUAGAAAAUAUGAUUCGACUCUUAGGUAGUUAGUUGCCUAUGCAUUACUACCAAGUAGUUGUUCCAGUGAACUAGUUUUGUUGUCAAUGUCUAGAUUAUGUACGCGAUAAAUUCUUAUUUCACAUAUAUAGAUAGAUAGACACUUGUGCCCAAA